AUGAUUGAAGUUUGGUCAACGAAGCGAGUUUUUUUCUUUUUUUAGGAAAAUCAAAAAAACAAAUAUCGUUUACCAGCUAUCUACAAGUGACUUCUAAAAUUAUUAUUCAAUUUUUUCAGUCAUGCAAAUUUUUUUGUAAAGACUCUCACGGGUAAGACAAUUACCCUCGAGGUCGAGGCCUCGGACACCAUCGAAAAUGUGAAGGCUAAAAUCCAGGACAAGGAGGGGAUUCCUCCAGAUCAACAGCGUUUGAUCUUCGCUGGUGAGUGCUUCGUUAUUGUUACACUGCUUUUUUUUAGCUAGAAAAGCGACUUUGAUAUUUCUAGAAAACCAAAAAAAAAAGAUUUUUUCGAAAAACUUAAUGCCACUAUGUCUUUUUUAGGCAAGCAGCUUGAAGAUGGCAGAACUUUGUCCGACUACAACAUUCAGAAAGAGUCGACCCUUCACUUGGUUCUGCGCCUUCGCGGUGGUAUGUUAUAACAAAAUGAAGUGUUUUUUUUUCGUGGAGGGAUUCAUGCCGUCAUCCAAGUGAUUCUGCGAAAUUAAAAAUAGUUAUUAUUUGAGUGAAAAUAACUCGGAAAUUAUUUUGAAUUUACAGAAGCUACUUUUUACACGGCAUUAGCUAUUUUUGGAGAGAUCUUUGUCAGUUUCGUUUAUUAACUAGCUCAUUUUAAUUUUCACUUAUAGAGGGUACUGAAUGACAAUAUGGAAAACUUUGAACUUGUAAUAAGUAGUUGUUAGAUUAAGAUUUUUUGCUUUUGUUCCUCUUUAAAUUUUUGAGGUUAAAAAAUGAAAUUUAGUAUCAAAUUGCAGGUAUUAUUGAGCCAUCUUUGCGCCAACUUGCUCAGAAGUACAACUGCGACAAGCAGAUCUGCAGAAAAUGCUAUGCUCGGCUGCCACCUCGUGCUAGCAACUGCAGAAAGAAGAAGUGCGGUCACUCCAGUGAACUCCGCCCUAAGAAGAAGCUGAAGUAA